AUGAAUAAAACUGGAUCUCGCUCUACAACCUCACUACCGCCGGAGCCCGCGGACAUCAUCCGAAGUAAGGCGUGCUCGCGCCGGGUCAGGCUAAACGUUGGGGGGCUCCUGCACGAGGUUUUAUGGAGAACCUUAGACAGGUUACCCCGAACGAGACUCGGGAAAUUAAGAGACUGCAACACUCACGACGCCGUAAUGGAGAUAUGCGACGACUACAGCCUGGAUGACAACGAGUAUUUUUUUGACAGACAUCCAGGGGCGUUCACGUCAAUUCUCAACUUCUAUCGCACGGGCAAGCUCCACAUGAUGGAGGAGAUGUGCGCGCUUUCAUUCAGUCAGGAGCUGGACUUUUGGGGCAUUGAUGAGAUCUAUCUGGAGUCCUGCUGCCAGGCGCGUUACCAUCAGAAGAAAGAACAGAUGAACGAGGAACUGAAGAGAGAGGCUGAGACUAUGAGGGAGAGAGAGGGAGAGGAGUUUGACAACACGUGCUGCUCCGAGAAGCGAAAGAAACUUUGGGACCUCCUAGAGAAGCCAAGUUCAUCGGUUGCAGCCAAGGUUUUGGCCAUCAUCUCCAUCCUGUUCAUCGUGCUUUCCACCAUUGCCCUGUCUUUAAACACACUCCCGGAGCUACAGGACACUGACGAAUUUGGACAGGUGACAGACAACCCUCAGCUUGCCCAUGUGGAGGCAGUGUGCAUCGCCUGGUUCACCAUGGAGUACUUGCUGAGAUUUCUCUCCUCGCCCAACAAGUGGAAGUUCUUCAAAGGCCCACUUAACAUUAUCGACCUGUUAGCCAUCCUGCCAUACUACGUCACGAUAUUCCUAACAGAGUCCAACAAGAGCGUGCUGCAGUUCCAGAACGUUCGACGGGUGGUGCAGAUCUUUCGGAUCAUGCGGAUCUUGCGAAUCCUCAAACUGGCUCGGCAUUCCACGGGCCUGCAGUCGCUGGGGUUCACGCUACGACGCAGUUACAAUGAACUUGGCUUGCUCAUCCUUUUCUUAGCCAUGGGGAUCAUGAUCUUCUCCAGCCUGGUCUUCUUCGCUGAGAAGGACGAGGAGGACACGAAGUUCAAGAGCAUCCCAGCGUCGUUCUGGUGGGCCACCAUCACCAUGACGACAGUGGGCUAUGGUGAUAUUUACCCAAAGACAUUGCUUGGUAAAAUCGUCGGGGGGCUCUGCUGUAUAGCUGGUGUUCUGGUUAUCGCCUUACCCAUCCCCAUCAUCGUAAACAACUUCUCAGAGUUCUACAAGGAACAGAAGAGGCAAGAGAAAGCCAUCAAGCGGCGUGAAGCCCUGGAGAGAGCCAAGAGAAACGGUAGCAUAGUGUCCAUGAACAUGAAAGAUGCUUUUACUCGGAGUGUGGAGCUCAUGGACGUUGUUGUGGAAGGGAUAGAGGAGGACAGAGGACAGAAAGGGAAAGACGUGCAGGAUAACCACCUGUCGCCGACACGGUGGAAGUGGACACCUAAACAUACCAUCUCUGAGUCAAGCUCCAAGAAGUCUUUAGACGGGAAGGAGCCGAGUUCUCCACCUACAGCCCUUCCGUCUAGCCCCCAACGCCUCAACGUCCAAAAGCUAGAAGAAAUGUACAGCAAGAUGGGCAAGACUCAGUCCCAGCCCAACCUCAACAGCAAGGAAAGAGACCCAUCCAAACACUCCAGGCAGAAGGAUGAGAUUGAGUUGGGUAGCAUCCCAACAGAUCAGACGCCAACCACAACUGAAGGUGUCGGAGACAUGCGGAGCAUGUCCAGCAUCGACAGCUUCAUCAGCUGUGCCACAGACUUCCUGGAGAGUUCUCGAUUCUCUCACAGCCCCAUCACUGCCCUGGCUGGAAAAGUCAGUGCCAACCCUGCACUGGAAGCCGCCUUGGAACAUGAGUCCAUGAAGAAUCCUGUUGGCCCGCCCAAACCCGGACGAGUUCCUACUUUGUUCCCUGACAGCCCAAGGAGGCCUCGCUUCGGCAACCCCCUCAAGAUGCGCUCCCUCAAAGUCAACUUCCUGUCAGGAGAUGCUGGGCUUUCUUCUGCCUCUGGACAAGGAGGAGGUUCCACUGCUCUCUCGGAUAGCUCUGACCGCUCAAUCCUGAGCCCAGAAGUUUCCGUCUACACCACCGCCAGCAGCAAGACUCCACCCAAGACUCCUGAGAACUUGGUGCCCACUGUGUUCACGUUUCACGAUGCCUCCAUCAGCAAAUACAUUGACGCUGACACAGACGAGGAAGAACACCUAUACGAGGGUACCGGAUCCAGCCCCUCUGACCGUCUCCUAGGCAACGCUAGCCCUAAAUUCAGCAGCAACAGCACAUACCAACGAGCAGCUAAUCACCUGGAGAUGUCUCCAAGGAUGCUAGGACAGAACAGUCUGUUCCCAUUGGAGGGUCGCUCAGGGGGCGGACAGGAGAACCACGUGACUCAGGAAGUACGGGGGCGAUCCAAAACGCUUGACCAAUAA